GCUCCACCAAACGUGAUUCCGCGGCUGCGUCACUUGGGUCAACUUCAAUUCGGCUUUUCCAAACCACCAUCGAGGCCUUGCUGUUGAAUGACGGUCCAUUGGCCACGCGACCGCCCACCAUGUCGACCAUCACGAGGACUCUCGGCUAUCUGCGCCGCAUCGGGUUCAAGGAAUACUGGCACCAACUGAACUACAUCGGCGACACCAAGGCCGGCACCCUAAUCGGCACCGACAGGUUCGGUAACAAGUUCUACGAGAACAUGGAGGAGGAGCUGCCCCUUCGGACUAGAUGGGUCAACUACAAGGCCCACGACUUUGAUCCCGGCAGCAUCGAGCCGCACUGGCACGCCUGGAUCUCGUACUCGGUGGACACACCGCCAAUCAAAGACCCGCUGUUCAAGCAAGCUGCCGACAGGCCCUGGGCGAGCUCCAAACCCAUUCUAAACUACACUGCCACUCGGGGCGCCUUCAAAACGUACAGCACCACCCAGCCGAAGCUCACGGCUUGGGAGCCCAAGGUUGCGGCCAGGGCCUAAAAUGCUAGUUAGAAUUAAGGUGUCUGUACAUACAAGGGAGAUGCACAAGCAUAGAGAAACGAGUAACUCAUCAGUCUGUCAUAUGACAAUGGCGGCGCCUCACGUGAUUAUAAGCAUGGCCCCUGUUCAGGGGUAUAGGGUGAGAGAAUGAGACAGGGACCCUUUUACCAGUGUAUGUGUAUUUAAUCUCUGCCAAGA